UGCAUCAGUGCGGCAUGGGGGACACGGUUUCUAGCAGGCUCGUUCGCGGUCGUCGAGGGGAUUCGUCUGGCCAGAAGGAAGACAUGGAGAAGCCAAAGGUCAUCGUCCGUCCCAUGUUGACCACGUCCCAGAAGAACUUCCGCGACGUCCAGCACCCUGGGUCCAUCCUCUCUGGGAGCACCGGGGGACCGGCCGUCACUCGGGAGGACCUGAAUGUGCGAGGCGCCAGGUGCUUCCUCCUCCACUCGCUGCUCUCGCCCGAGGAGUGCCGCCACUACAUCGAGGACACCGAGAGGAUCGGCUACUCGGACCUCCUGGACCUCUUCCCGCCAGAGUACCGUAGCAACGACCGAGUCCUGUCCAUCUGUCCGCCCCUUGUGGACACUCUGUGGGCCAGACUCCAGGGCCAUCUUACCAGGAGGGAGGUCAUCAGGGUACGACCCGUCGGAUUUGGCAAUGAGGGCACUUGGAAACCAUUCCGACUCAACGAGUGCUGCAAGUUUGGAAAGUACAAAGCUGGAGGUCACUUUAGUCCUCACCUGGAUGGGCCGUGGGUGCCUCAUGAGGACGAGAGCUCAGUGUUCACUGUAGUGGUCUACCUCAACUCUGACUUCCAGGGAGGACAGACUCGCUUCCUCGAAGAGGACACUAAGAAGGAGGCAUGUUUGGUGAGGCCCAGGGAAGGGACGGCCCUAGUCUUCAACCACGACACACUCCACGAAGGACUGCCUGUCACCGAGGGGGUCAAGUACAUCCUGCGCACGGAGAUCAUGUACCGCCGGGUGGACAGAGAGAUGAUCCCUGAUCCCAUGAGCUACCAGGCUGACACUGACUAUCUCUCCACCCUCGCCCUCUACAAAAAGUCUUGGAAACUGGAGCAAGAGGGAGACUCCCAGGGAUUCAACGACACCUACCUGGCAGCCCUCCGCCAGCAGAGAGAGGCCCAGAGGUCAGUGGGGUCAGAUGCCGCAGAGCCGUUCCAGCAGACUCUGCCAUAUGAGAUCUAUCUCAAAUCUUCAGCUAUCUCACCCCGGAGGACGUGUGCCGGGCCAUGAGGGUCUGCAAGAUGUGGUACGAUAUGGCAAUGGAUGGUCAGCUGUGGUACGAGAUGUACAAGCAAAAGUGGCCCAUCGGCAUUGGUCUGGAGGCCCAACUUGACCACACCAAGACCACUCUAGCUACAGCACCACCACCGUUCAUCAAGGACUGGUAUGGUCUGUUCAAGCAGAGGGUGAAGAUGGACUCUCCAGCCCACGUCAUGGUGGUGGACCUCGGGAGCUUCUCCUGCAAGUGUGCAGUGGUGGACCGACUCCAGUCCAUCGUCAAGACCAUCACCAUUGAGAGUGUCGUGGCACUGGUUCCUGGUGUGUUUGACCUCCACAUGCGUCGUGGGGAGUGGGAGAGAUACUUCUGUGGAAAAGACGCCAAGGAAAACUUCCCGAACCACCUGGUGAACGUGGUGGAGGCAGGAAUCCCCGUUAGAGCCGAGCUCCUCCCCGAGAUUGUCACCGGGUUCUACUAUGCCUGCAACGUUCCGCCAAAGUUCACGCCGGUGGUGAUCCUGGAGCCGCCCGGGCUGUGGAACCCCACCAUUCGCAGCCAGGUCGGCUACACCUUUGUCAAGAUGUUUCUCCAGUGCUCUGUCAGUUUCCUCAGCUCUGCUGUCGCCACUCUGUGCGGAGUGGAGCAGACAUCGGGUGUGGUGGUGGAUGUGGGUCACGGAGUGGCCACCUGCUGUGUGGUGUGGGAGGGAGAGGAGAGACCUGGGGCCACCUCCACUGACCCUCUCACCUGCUCUGCCCCCGUGGUGGCCCAGAUGGUCCACUCCCUGGUGCUACAGUGCAGCGAGGAUGUGAGAAGUGUCGUCAGAGAGAAGGUUGUUGUCACUGGAGGCAAGGCUCCCAAGGCCAGUACAGUCGAGGCAGAGCUUCAAAAGCUUGACAUCAACUACAGUGUCAUUGAGCCCAGUAAGUUGCCGUACGUACA